UCAAACAAACGGCAGCUCAGUCAAAGACGACGAUCUUUAUUUUUCAUGAUUUAUUUUGAUUUUAUUUCACUGCUGUUGAUCUCAAAUGUCAAUCCCUGACAUCAGAAUGACGUGUCGCUGUGGCCACGCCCAUCAUCCUGCGAUGCGCAGUCACAGCGUCGUCGUCCUCACCGUCAAUGUUUUUGGAGAAGAGGAAACGGUUUAUGUCCCACUCUGACCAUGCUGUCCAUGUCUCCUCGCCUUCUGUCCUUGUCCCUGGCGGCGCCGCAGCGCUGUGUCCAGUAAACGGAGUGUGAGCGUUGAGAUCAUCUGCACCUUCACUGCAUGGUGCUUUAGCUCCUCCUCCUCCUCCUGGAUGAUGGACAGCUCUCCCAAACUGUCUGGCGAGACACUGAUCGUGCAUCACAUUCCACUGGUGCACUGUCAGGUGUCGGGCCGGCGGCCGCAGGGCAGCUACGAUGCUGUUUCACUGAAGAGGAGCAACCCGUUCAGCCCACCUGAGAACCUGGGCCUGAGCCGCACCACUUCACUUCCAGAGAGAGACGUCCUCCAGAGGGAGGCGCUGUUGUACAGGAGCCUGAUCCACACCUCCAGCGGCUCCAGCUCCUCCCACACAGGACGAGAGCGCGGGGACAGAGGAGGUGGCGGCAUGAUGAGCGAUGACUCAUCGUUUACUUCAAGCAAUUCCGAGGAUCAGCUGAUCACAGCUCACACGCUACCACGAGCCAAACCGAGAAACGGGAACCCACUGCGCCACAACCCGUUCCUGCUGAAUGCCAAGGACGAAGAAGACGACGAGGGGGACGCCGAUGACCUCAACAGUUACUUUGAGGACUCCUCCUUUCACCUCCACGGCGACACUAGCCCCGCCCUCUGCAACGGGAUCGCUCCUUUCCACCUGCACAACCUGGACUUUGCGUCGGGGCCGUUUGUGUUACACGGUUCGGUGCGGGGAAGCACCCAUGAGUCCCUGAGGGGCGGGGCCUCAGAUCUCUCCACUCACCUGGAAGACCUGGACAUCCUCGGUCUGGACCGUCAGCGUCGCCAUGGCAGCAGUGGUUCCAACAUGUCCAUGGACUGUGGCGAGCAGGACUGGGGCGAUGAAGAAGACAAUGACGAUCACCCGAUGAGGUGUGGGCGGAGCAGUAAGACGGGCUCGUACUCGUCGACCUCGUCGAUGCAGCACUGCUCCUGCUGUGUGCUGUCGCACAACUUCCCCGAAAUCUUCUCUGAACCGUGUCACCCCGGUUACGCCAGCGACUCGUCCUGUAACAGCUCAGACGGCGUCCUCGUCAACUUCAGCGCUAUCUACAACAAGAUGAACAACGGCGUGCCGGAGAGGCCGCCAGCGUCCACACGCGCUAACCUCAACAGCUCCAUGGAUCCGGAUUACUCCCGCACCGCGCCGACCUCUGACCCUGCAGGAAAACUGCCAGACUCAGGGGGCGGGGCCUUUUAUUUGGACCUUCAUACCUCGCCGACUGAACCUCCGCGGCCGACACAACAAGCGUCCUGCCCCGGCCACGCCUUCCCUCUGAUCCAUGAGCCGCACCUGUCCACCUCUUCCACCUGCUCAUGCUCAGUGGAGCACCAGGGGGCGCUGGACCUCGACGCCAACUGCAACUCGUACCUUCCUCCGCACUCCGGGUCCUCAGGUGACCUGGCGUCCUGUCUGCAGAGCCAGGCCCGCCUGGUCGUCGCCACCCAGAACUACUACAAGCUGGUGACCUGUGACCUUUCGUCCCAGUCUUCACCAAGCCCCGCCCCCUCAUCAGUCAAUAGCUGCUCUGAUGAACACAGCAGAGGAAGCCCCACACCCACACAGCCCAGCGAGUACUUCCUGUUCAGACAGGAAGCGGGUCAGAGCGACGUGAACUCGGAGGACGAAGGUGGACUGUCGCCACAGAAAGAAAAAAACAAUGAGGAGGAGGAGGAGGAGGAGAUGAAGAAUCAAGCAGCAGGAGGUGCUGGAGCUCCUUCUCCAAUGAUUCAGGGUCAGGUAUAUGUCAACACCUCCCCCCCUGUGAUUGGCCAGAACGUCAUUGGAGGAGCCUGUUCAGGAAGUCGUCCACGUUCACGCAGCUACGAUCGUAACCUGGACAAAUCUCCGUCUCCACGUCUUGGAUCUCUGGAGCGAAUGUUGAGCUGCCCGGUCCGACUCAGUGAGGGCACCGCCCCGGCCCCGCCUCCUCCCCCCCGGGUCACUUCCUUUGCAGAAAUCGCUAGAAUUAAAAGACGAAACGGAGGAGCGGGGGGGUCGCCGUCAUCAAAGGUGGCCACAGACCUUUCCUCCUCCACCUAUUCCGCCCACUCCCACUCCUCUGUGGAUUUCUCUCCAAUCCUAGAACAGCGUGUGGAGGCCGAAAGGCGGAGCCUCUCACCUGUCACCUUCACCAGGUGUUAUAGCCAUGGCAGCAUGGAGCGCCACCUGGAGGCAGCCAGGGAGAGCCACACCGAGGCUGAAGGUGUCUCCACCUCCUCACACUGCCCCCCGGUGGCGGUGGUGCGGUACAGUCGCGACCAGCGUCCCACAUCUCUGCCGAUUCAGCCGUUCACCUUCCAUCACCAGUUCACUUGUAAAGCUGCUCAGUGUAAACCUGCGCUGCCGCCGCUCUCAGCCUUUGUCUCUGGGAUGCAGACUCGCGGUGACUCCGCCUCCUCCCCAGGUUCUGGUUCAGAUCCAGGUUCUGGAGGUCCUGUCUGUGAGGCUGGAAAAGUUCCGAGGACAGCGGACCCUACUCCCGCUUUAGUUCGCCCCUCGCCUCUCGGAAGCUACUCUCCAGUCCAUCUGCAGGGGGCGCCGAGCUCUGGGAUGAGCCCUCAGCCACCGUCGCCACCGCAUGGCGGCUCCCUGUCGGCGGUUCUCGCCCCCCCCCACACCCCUCUGCAGGCCAAACAGGGGGCGGGGUCAGCACCAUUACCACAAACUCCUCCUCCAUCUCUGACCAUUAAGAGAGGGGCGGUGCCACAGCCGCUGACGACGCUCCACUGUGGAGCCCCGCCCCCUCUGAGUCCACUGAGCUACGCGGAGUCUGGAAAACAUGGAGGCGGAGCCAGAACACAUAAUGCGCACCAUCUCUCUCCUCAAGCUCUGAAAUGGAGGGAGUACCGGCGCCAGAACCCUCUGAGUGUGGAGCGAGUCUGUGGAUCCAACUUCCUGUGCGCUAACGCUGAACCACAGCGAGCAGCGGGACCACGCCCCUCAAGACGCAACGUGUUUGAUUUCCCCACAGCGCCCUCUAGCUGCAGGCUGGGACAACUUCAUGCAGGCUCAUCAGUGAAGAGCGACUUCCUUCCAGAUUAUUUCUCUCUCUCUGAAAAACCUCCAGAAGAAUUCUGUCUCUCUCCUGACACCUCGUCUUCAUCGCUGUCCUCCUCCUCAUCACAGUCUUAUGUCUCUGUGGACCUGACACAGAAGAGAGCUCUGGUGAAAGCUGUGAACAGAGCCGUGGAUCUGAUCGUGGCUCAUUUUAGCACCAGUCGAGACGCAGACGUGAAGGCCAAGCUGGGGAACAGCUGUGUGAGUCCUAACGUGGGUCACCUGAUCCUGAAGUACCUUUGCCCCGCCCUCUGUGACGUGCUGCAGGACGGGCUGAAGGCGUUCGUACUCGAUCUGAUCAUCGGUCAGCGCCGCUGUCGGCCCUGGACACUGGUGGAGACGUCCACUCAGCUAGGUCCGUCCACUCGUGUCCUUCACUCAUUGUUCUCUAAGGUGAGUCAGUUCUCGGAGCUCAGCAGCGCCACCAUGAGGAUGAACGCCUUCAUCUUUGGCCUCCUGAAUCUGAAAUCUCUGGAGUUCUGGUUCAGUCAUCUGCACACACACGAAGAUAUAAUCGCAGCUCAUUAUAACCCGUGGGGUUUCCUGCCGCUGUCGCAGGGGCCCUUCCGCCCGGCCUUUCAGGAGCUCCUCCUCCUUCUGCAGCCAUUGUCGCUCCUCCCCUUUGACCUGGACCUGCUCUUUGAGCCACACCUUCUCCAGAAGGGGGCGGAGCACAUGCGUUGUAAGGAGCAGCUGUGUUCAGCGGGCCAGAGAGUCGACCAAUCAGCUCGCUCCACCUUCCAGCUCAUGAGAGGAUGGAGUGCCACGGUCAGUGAAAUGGUCAGAAACACGAGCGGAGAGACGAAGGCGGAGAGGGCGGGGCUUAGACGAGAGGGGACGUGGCCGAGGAUGGAGGGAGCGAGGAGCAGGAGGAGGAUGGAGGGAGCAGGAAGUGAGGAGACAACAGGUGAGCGGAGAGAGACAGGUGUGGGACAGGAAGAGAGGAGGAGCAGAAAAGAGGGGGAGGAGUCAGAGGAGGGGCGUCAGCGGCGGCAGGCGGGCUGGUGGUAUCAGCUGAUGCAGUCGUCUCAGGUCUACAUCGACAAAUCCAACGAGAAGACCAAGUUCAUCAAGAAGUCCACGGAGCGACGACGCGGUCAAGCCCCGCCCACCAGAGAAGGAGUGGUGGAGGGGGCGGAGUCACGUCCAGAGGGGGAGGGCUUCAGAAGCAGCAGUGAGGAGUCAUGUGGACAGAGAAGGAGACCGUCGUGGAUGGGCAGUCCUCCAGAGUCUGUCCUCAGCCCCACAGCUCCACCUGCUGGACCAGAGACCAGCUGUCUGCGCUGGAGCAGGCUGUUUGGAUCCAGCCCAUGGGAGGGGCCAGGGCUUAGGGGGCGGGGCCAGAAGACAAGGCCGCCGUCAGGUUGGCUCGCUCUCGAUCGCUCCGUGCUCGACCUCGUCGUUCACACCAUCGGAGCAGGAAGUGGGAAGAAGGCGGAGCCUCCGACAGCUGUCACUCACAUCGUGACAUCACCACAACAACCUGAAGCCAAACAACCGUCUCCAUGUGAAGUGCGAGCUCUGUGUCACCACAUAGCGACAGAGCGCGAUCAGCUGAGCUUCAACAAGGGCGACGUCCUGCGAGUCAUCAGCAGGGCCCAUCCUGAUUGGCUGCUCUGCUCACUGGGCUCCACCCACGGAUUAGUCCCCAUUGUAUACGUCACCCUGAACAACCUGGAGGACAACCUGGAGGACGCUGCUGUGAAGCUCAGUGGUGAUGAAGAGGAUGUGUAGAAGAGAUGAAGAUGAAGAAACACAUGACGAGUGAAACAGGAGCUCACGUCUGCAUGAACACCAAGAAAAAACAAAGUCUCAACUUCUUCUUCUUUGCUUCCAGCUGAACUGUGACACAUGGUUACUUACUGUGUCACUUCCUGUGUGACUUCCUGUGUGGCUGUUGUCCCUGGACUCUGUUCAGCUGAUGAUUUCCUUUCUUAGAUGACGAUGGGGAUGAUGAUGACGAUGGUGAUGAUGAGGGUGGCGAUGAUGAUGAUGAUGAUGAUGAUGUUACGUUGUUUACUUGAGUCUCAGCUCACUGUCGUGUAGUUUAGUAAACAGCGUGAUCAAAGAAGAGAGAGAAGAGAAGAGAAACACGUGUUUUCAUCCUAAAUUACUUUAGAAAACUCUUAUGUUUCAUGAAGGGGCCCCAGGUGAAGGGGACAUGGGGCCCCCACAGUCUUUGAGACGCCCCUGCAUGGCCUCCUGCAGUUUUUACACUGGUUCAGAGAAAUCAAGACGACGUCUUGUCCUCUGUUUCAGCAUGAAUCUUAGUACAGAGUUAUUCUUAGUUCAGAGGUCAGUGAACGCAUCACAGUGUGUGUGUGAGAGUGAGAGUCAUUAUUCUUAGUUCAGAGGUCAGUGAACGCAUCACAGUGUGUGUGUGUGAGUGAGAGUCAUUCUUAGUUCAGAGGUCAGUGAACGCAUCACAGUGUGUGUGAGUGAGAGUCAUUAUUCUUAGUUCAGAGGUCAGUGAACGCAUCACAGUGUGUGUGUGAGUGAGAGUCAUUCUUGGUUCAGAGGUCAGUGAACGCAUCACAGUGUGUGUGUGUGUGUGAGUGAGAGUCAUUCUUCGUUCAGAGGUCAGUGAACGCAUCACAGUGUGUGUGAGUGAGAGUCAUUCUUAGUUCAGAGGUCAGUGAACGCAUCACAGUGUGUGUGAGUGAGAGUCAUUCUUAGUUCAGAGGUCAGUGAAAGCAUCACAGUGUGUGUGAGUGACAGUCAUUCUUAGUUCAGAGGUCAGUGAACGCAUCACAGUGUGUGUGAGUAAGAGUCAUUCUUAGUUCAGAGGUCAGUGAACGCAUCACUGUGUGUGUGAGUUACAGUCAUUCUUAGUUCAGAGGUCAGUGAACGCAUCACAGUGUGUGUGAGUAAGAGUCAUUCUUAGUUCAGAGGUCAGUGAACGCAUCACUGUGUGUGUGAGUAAGAGUCAUUCUUAGUUCAGAGGUCAGUGAAAGCAUCACAGUGUGUGUGAGUGAGAGUCAUUCUUAGUUCAGAGGUCAGUGAACGCAUCACAGUGUGUGUGAGUGACAGUCAUUCUUAGUUCAGAGGUCAGUGAACGCAUCACAGUGUGUGCGUGUGUGUGUUGACGUAGAGUGACCCGCUGACCCUCAGUCCAAACAUUAAAACAUGAAUGAUAAAUAUAUUUAAUGUACAUUUAUUAAAUAAAUGAAAAGUUGUGUAGUUUUUGAAAAACUCAUAUAUACAUUAAUUUAGCUUCAUUUUAAAGUCUUCUUUGCUGCAUUAAUAUACAGUUUUUAUGUUGAUGAUAUUUAACAAUAAUGUAAUUAUAUAUUUAAAUGGUGUGUAAACAGUAAAACAUUAUUCAUGUGUAUUUUCUGUUAGUUUCAGUGAGCAGAAAACGACCUCCUGUCCUCCAGGUGGUGCUGUUGAUUAAACGUCCUAUUCUGAGUCACAUGGUACACAAACAGGAAGUGAUCACACAGAGGAAACGAGAGCAGAGGGAGGAGGAGGAGACUCAUCCAUCCAUCCAUUAUCUGUGGCUUUACACUCCAGAGGUCUCUCUCUCUGUUUUCACUCUGCCUCUCUCUCUCUCUCUCUCUCUCUCUCUCUCUCUCUCUCUCCACACUUUAUGAUGUGUAUGUAUGACAUAAUCAAACUGUGGAUGUUCAAUUUCAAAGUGCUGACAUGAUCACACUCAAACAAACUGAGGUGUUGUUUGUCCUCAACACGUCACACUCUUCAGUCACCGUUACCUAAUAAACUGACCACUUCUUCAGUCACGUGA